AUGUGUUUUGGAAAGUGUGCUAGGUGCAUUGGGUACAAGUUGCUCAUUCUUGCCUUCUUCUGCAUUAUAGCUAACAUCUUGCUAUACUUUCCCAAUGGUGAAACAAGAUUCGCUUCAGAACAUCGACUUAGCAAGUAUGUGGCGUGCCUUCAUGGAAUUAUAGGAGGGGGGAUUUUGAUAUUCCUCCCAGCUGCAGUGUUCAUUGGACUAGAACACGAUAAUUGCUGUGGAUGCUGCGGGCAUGAGAACUGUGGGAAAAGCUGUGCAAUGCUGUCCUCUGUUCUGGCUGCCAUCAUCGGAAUCCUGGGGUCUGGCUACUGUUUCAUCAUUUCAGCUUUAGGUUUAUCCCAUGGCCCUUACUGCCUCUCCGCUGUAGAACAGAACUGGGUCUAUCCUUUCACUAACUCCAGUGGAGGGUAUCUGCUUGAGCAUGACAGGUGGUCUGAGUGUCGGGAGCCAAGGAAUAUCGUGGAAUGGAACUUGACCCUCUUUUCCAUUCUUCUGGUCUUGGGGGGGAUUGAAUUUAUUCUGUGUUCCAUCCAAGUAGUCAACGGUUUUCUCGGAGGAAUAUGUGGGGUUUGCUGUAAUCGAGAAGAGAACUAA